GUGGUCUCGGCUAGUCCCGCCCUUCUUGGCAAGAUGGCGGCCCCCAGCAGUAGCGCGGUAGGCCUCUGGAUACGGGGUACCGGCCAGAGUUUGGGAAGUCUCUUCACUCUUACAAAGCCGUUUUGUUCUGCCGCCGCUGCCUCUAAGUCCCUGAAUGCCCAGCAAUUAGCAGAGAGGCUCCGAGCCCAGAAACGGGAACAAAAGACGAAGAAGCCGAUGCCCACAAACCCUGUUCAGCGAAGGGUGCAAGAACUAGUGAGGUUCACACAACAGCUGCAGCGAGUCCACCCCAACGUGCUUGCUAAGGCACUGAGCCGAGGGAUUCUCCACCAGGACAAGGACCUUGUGGUCAUCAAUAAACCUUAUGGUCUCCCAGUGCAUGGUGGCCCUGGAGUCCAGCUCUGCAUCAGUGAUGUACUGCCUAUUCUGGCAAAGAUGCUUCAUGGUCACAAGGCAGAGCCCUUGCAUCUGUGCCACCGACUGGACAAGGAGACCACAGGAGUAAUGGUGUUGGCUUGGGAGAAGGAUGUGGCACAUCAAAUCCAAGAGUUGUUUAGAACCCGUCAGGUGGCAAAGAAGUACUGGGCCAUCACUGUACGCGUCCCUGUGCCCUCAGCAGGAGUUGUGGAUAUCCCCAUCAUGGAGAAGGAAGUGCAAGGCCACCAGCAACACCACAAGAUGACGUUGUCCCCGAGUUACCGCAUGGACAAUGGGAAAAUGGUGAAAGUGCGGAGUAGCCGGAAUGCACAUGUUGCUGUAACUCAAUACCAGGUGCUAAGCAGCACUCUCUCCUCUGCCUUCUUGGAGCUCCAGCCCAUUACUGGAAUAAAACAUCAGCUUCGAGUUCACUUGUCUUUUGGAUUGGAUUGUCCAAUCCUUGGUGAUCACAAGUACUCUGACUGGAGUAGUUUGGCGCCCCAGAAGCUCUCCGUUGGCACUCUGAAGAAGCUGGGGCUGGAACAAUCGAAGACCCGCCAUAUCCCCCUUCACCUGCAUGCCCGGCAGUUGAUUCUGCCUGCCCUGGGGUCCAGGAAGGAGGAACUCAACUUGGUCUGCAAACUUCCUCACUUCUUUGUACAUUCCCUGCGCCGUCUGGGUUUAGAGAUGCCAAGUCAGGAUCAAAAUAGGGACAGUGAACUUGGGCCUCUGGGAGCACAGUGAAAACCCUGGAAGCAUCUGGCAUCUGGGAGCAUACACAGGCCCCUGAACUCUUCAUUUUGUUUCCUGGACUCUGCCAACUUCUUACUUGAACAGACUCCAAAAGAGUCAGGUGGGAUAAGUUGAAGCAGCUCGACUACAGUGUUCUUAAUGGAGAAUAAAGUCAGUUUCCUGACAGUUUGACUACACUGUUGAAAAGCUUGCUGCAAGUCUCCCUGCCACAGAAUCUCCUUGCGAAGAUGGAAGAAAGCCCAGGACCAGGCAGAUUGGGGCGAUGACUGGAAAAGGAGAACUAAAGGACAGAAUCUAGGGUCGGGAACUGUUUUCAUUCAACAGCAAAACUCUUUAACUACAAGGAAGGUUCCCAUGGUUGGAAAGAACAUACUGAUUAAACAUCUCAGGGGGUCCAGGGAUUUGUCAAGCUGUAGCAUGGGUGCCUUUCUGCUCUCUGGAACCUGAGAAGAGGGUGGUUAGGGGAUAUCGAGGUGGGGUAGUUGAUAAGGAAAGCCGAUGUGAAUGGCAGUCAGGUAAUGCAAAUGAGUGAAGUUGGCAAAGAGGUAAGGCAGUGGUGGGGGUAACAAACCAGGGAGCAUACAUACUAACAAUUGUUAGCUCCAGCUGGUUGUCGCCAUGUGGCAAUGGAUUUUCCCAUGUUUUCAGAGAAUCAGGAAACACAGAGAUUUAUGUGAAAUUUCACAACGUAUUGCCAACUAAAUCAAAUGAAUGGUGCAGGAGUUUGAGGAAAGCUGUCAUCUUGAAAGUGCUGGAUCAGUGGUUAGCAUUUUAGCUGCUUGUAGUAUCUGUCCUUUCUAGACUAUGGCAUGGCUUUGGUUGGUCCAUAAAUGUGUGGUUAUAAGGGUGCUACCAUUUGAGAAAAUCUUUAUUUUGGAAACACACCUCCUGUUCUUGGGUCUCAGGAAGGAGAGGGCCAUGCUGGACACUACUAGAGAUGAAUGGAAAUGACCUUGACUUUCCUGCUUAGUUGGUCCAUCUAGCUCUCACCUUGUUUCUUGCAAACAAAUACACCUUAAAUCACUUUGGGCUGAGCUGAAGAAAGCUGGAGUGACAGAACUGCCUUUAUAUGUUCCCUCUGAUGCCACUUUCUAAACCCCCUUCCCUGUUUCCAUGAUACUAUUACUGUGCAUGGUGAAUUGAAAGCACAGGUGAUAUAGCCUUUUGUUUUGUAGGGCCUAAAUAUUUUGACUGUUGUUUCUGUUUCUAGUAAACCAUGCUUCUCCAGCUAAAGGGACAAGGAUGUGACACUUAGGAAGUAUUGACAGUUUGACUUUGAUUCAGGGAGACUGAUGAACAGGAAUACCCACAAGAAUAGAGAACUAUCUUAGAAGAGCAGAUGAUGGAAAGUUAGAAUUGAAAAAUACGGAAAAAGGAGCUAGUCAGGGUACAUUUGGAAAAGUGACGUAUGAUUGACAUCUCAUUAUCCUGUUUGGGCUCUUCUAGGAUGUGAAUCUACAGUCUUUAACUUGGCAAACUGAGGAGUCAGUCGGUUGAAAGUAUAUGGGGUAUUCACUCAUUUCAAGGAGCUUCUCAUUAGCUGGGAAAAUUUGAUGAGUAAUGAGUAAGUGCAAAGCAGGGCUAUGGUUGCCUCAGCCGGCACGUUGGAGCCACACUGAGAACUAGCUGUGUGUCACUCACUGUAUCAGUUGCACCAUGGAAGCUGCUCUGCUCUUCUGAUCUUUUUUAGCUCUUCAGUGCUAGGUUUAGUGCUGGUUGCUGUUCUGAGAGCUACCAAAUUAGUGACAGUUGGCUUUUUGAAAAUUCCUAAGCCACCCUGGGAUUCAGGGGACUGGGGCAGAUGUCCACAUCAGUGCACAGCUAGCUUCUUCAGUGCUGACUGGGUCAUGGGAUGCUUGAGGAUCAGGACAGUGACCCUAAGCAACCUAGUUGAAGAUCUGCAACUUAGGGUGUUGGGGGAGCAGGGUAGGCCCUAUGAUUAUAGUUUGUCAGAGGAAGCAGAAAUAUUCUGGUAUGGUGUUUCAUCAGCCAUAAAAAGUGUGACUUAUAAAAA